AUGCAAAUCUCCCUCGUCGCCGCUGCCCUUGCGGCCCUCGCGGCGCCGGCAUGUGUAAACGCCCUCCGUGCCAGCCAGGAACUGGGCUACAUCCCGCCCAUUCCAGAAGACGCCUACUACGGGCGAAACGGGCUCGCGAGGCGCGCGACCAACACAAACAUCAGGGCCGCCACGUUCCAGCAGCUCAUCGACCACAAGAACCCGUCCCUGGGCACCUUUACCCAGCGGUACUGGUACAACGCCGAGUUCUACCGCGGGCCCGGCUCGCCCAUCGUCCUCAACGCCCCCGGCGAGUACGCCACCGACAACUUCGUCGGGUACACGACCAACCUGACGCUGCCGGGCGUCUUUGCCCAGACCAACGGCGGCGCGGCCCUGAUCCUCGAGCACCGCUACUGGGGCCAGAGCUCGCCGUACCCGAGCCUCACCACCGAGACGCUGCAGUACCUCACGCUCGACCAGUCCAUCCAGGACCUCGUCUACUUUGCAAACAACGUCCGGCUCCCCUUUGACCCGGACGGCUCCUCCAGGCCCGACAAGGCGCCCUGGGUGCUCUCGGGCUGCUCGUACCCGGGCGCCCUGACGGCGUGGACGCACCACCUCGCGCCGGGCACCUUUUGGGCGUACCACUGCUCGAGCGCCGUCGUCGAGGCCGUCGGCGACUACUGGCAGUACUUUGCCCCGAUCGACUCGGCCCUGCCCAGGAACUGCAGCGCCGACCUGAAGAGGAUCAACGCCCACUUCCAGAGGGUGCUGACCAACGGGACCGCCGAGGCCAAGGACAAGCUCAAGAGCAGGUUUGGCUUUGACGGCAUCGCCGACGACGACUUUGUGAGCGCCAUCGACGGCAGCCUGGGCAACUGGCAGGGGCAGCAGUUCUACAGCGGCUACACGGACACCUUUAAGAUGUGCGACUACAUGGAGACCGGAAGCGCAAACGGCACCAUUCCCGGCCCAGAGGGCGUAGGACUAUGCCAGAGCCUCAAGGGCCUCGCGAGGUUCUGGAGGGAAUACGUCCUCCCCGGCCCCGGAUCUUGCUCCGGCAACGGAGCGUGGAAGGGCUACCCCCCCCUGGCGUGCUACGACUCUCACAACGCCUCGUACCCCGUCUACACGGACACGACGGUCGAGAACCCCUACAACCGGCAGUGGAUGUGGUUCCUCUGCAACGAGGCCUUCGAGUACUGGCAGGUGGGAUCGCCCAAGUCGACGGUCGGAUACCCGGCGCCGCUGUACAACAUUGACUACUGGCGCGCCCAGUGUCCCAUCUACUUCCCCGAGGUCAACGGGCACCGGGUCGGCAUGGUCAGGGGCGUGCGCGCCGAGGACGUCAACCGGCGCACGGGCGGCUGGGACAACGUCAACACCACGCGGCUGAUCUGGAUCAACGGCGAGUACGACCCGUGGCGCUCGGCGUCUGUCGAGUCCGACUUUCGCCCGGGCGGCCCCUUUGGCGGCGACGACGAGCGCCCGUCCUACGUCAUCCCCAAGGCGGCGCACUGCAACGACAUGAUUAUCCGGAACGCCGAUGCCAACCCCGGCGCGAGGAAGGUGAUUGAUGCCGAGGUCAAGAAGAUGAAGGAAUGGGUUGAUGCGUUCUACAAGAAGAGGCUGUAG